UCUAUAGUCUAGUUUCCCUCUUGCCCUCAUUCAAGUCCUUCAGGAUAUAUUUUUAGGUUUUUCAUAAAGAUCAGGAUGUCCGAAGCCAUGCUUUGUGACAGCACUGCAAUUCCCAAUGAUAAUGAUAAGAAAGCUCUGGACUUCAUUGAGAAUGUAACCAUACAUACUGAUGAAGUGCAGGCUCAAGUGCUUUCUGAGAUUUUGACGAGGAACGCUAAUACAGAAUACCUAAAGCGUUAUGACCUCAAUGGUUGUACUGAUAGGGAGUCUUUCAAAAACCUCUUGCCCGUUAUUACGUAUGAGGAUCUGCAGCCUGAUAUUGUAAGAAUCGCUAACGGGGAUAAGUCUCCUAUUCUUUCAUCUCAUCAAGUCUCCGAAUUUCUCACCAGCUCUGGAACAUCCGCUGGAGAACGCAAGCUGAUGCCCACAAUUGAAGAGGAGUUAGACCGGAGAACGCUUCUUUACAGCCUUCUCAUGCCUGUCAUGAGCCAGUACAUAAAGGGGCUGGACAAGGGAAAAGGCAUGUACUUCCUCUUCAUCAAAUCUGAAACAAAGACUCCUGGUGGAUUAGUAGCUCGGCCAGUCCUAACGAGCUAUUACAAGAGCCAGCACUUCAGAGAAAAGCCUUUUGAUCCCUACAAUGUCUACACCAGCCCCAUGGAGGCCAUUUUGUGCCCCGAUUCCCACCAGAGCAUGUAUGCUCAACUCCUCUGUGGCCUUGCCCAAAACAAACAAGUUCUCAGGGCAGGAGCCGUCUUUGCCUCGGGCUUGCUCAGAGCAAUUCAUUUCCUGGAACAACACUGGCGGUCGCUUUGCGAGGACAUUCGAAUGGGAAGCCCGAGCGAGGAAGACGUGACCAAUCCUUCAGUAAGAAAGGCCGUAAUGAAUAUAAUGAGCCCCAAUCCUGAGCUGGCAGAUCUCAUGGAGCGUGAGUGCUCAAAGGAGUCAUGGGAGGGAAUAAUUAAGAGACUCUGGCCUAAUACAAAGUACCUUGAAGUGAUCGUGACAGGCGCCAUGGCCCAGUACAUUCCCACCCUCGAUUUCUACAGCGGUGGACUCCCUCAGCUGUGCACGAUGUACGCUUCCUCCGAGUGCUACUUCGGCCUCAAUCUCUACCCACUCAGCAAACCGUGGGAAGUGUCGUACACAAUCAUGCCCAAUAUGGGCUACUUCGAAUUCCUUCCCAUUCGCCGCGACAAUCACAAUGAACACACCGACAAUCAGCCACAGCUCGUUGAACUCGCUGACGUCAAAGUAGGGGAAGAAUACGAACUGGUGGUAACAACAUACGCAGGGCUGUAUCGUUACAGAGUGGGAGACGUGCUCAGGGUUACCGGCUUCCACAACUCGGCGCCACAAUUUCACUUUGUGUGCCGAAAAAAUGUAAUGUUGAGCAUUGACUCGGACAAAACUGAUGAAGUGGAGCUGCAAAACGCGAUGGACAAGGCAACGAAGCAUCUGGAGAGCUAUGGGGCUCGAGUGAUUGAGUACACCAGCUACGCAGACGUAUCUAGCAUUCCGGGACAUUACGUUCUCUUCUGGGAGCUCAACAAUGCAACGCAUGUGGAAGUACCUGCUGAGGUGUUGCAGCAGUGUUGUCUCACCGUGGAAGAGAGUUUAAAUUCGGUGUACAGGCAGGGUAGAUCCGCCGACAAAUCCAUCGCCCCCCUGGAGAUAAAAAUAGUAGAAAGUGGGACAUUUGAGGAAUUGAUGGAUUAUACCCUAAGCCGAGGGGCAUCUAUAAAUCAAUACAAGGUACCUCGCUGUGUCAAGUUUGCUCCAAUCGUCGAGCUUCUUAAUUCCAGAGUCACAGCUUCCUAUUUUAGCCCUAAUUGUCCCAAAUGGACACCUGUACGCACCGACUGGGAAACUUGUAAAUCUUUCUGAAGUUCGAAGCUUUGUCUCAUAGUCUUGUCGAGAAUUAGGGUUUCGAUGUUUAUUCAAUAAUUUGAAGUAAAUGUUAAAUAUGAUGAAAUACAAUAUAUUAGUUUGAAUCAGUCUUGUCAGAAGACGUCA